AUGGAAUCUCGCACUCAAUCCGCCGCUCGGAAACAAGCCUCUGCUGCCAACGACGGCUCCAAGACCAAGCGCGGUGCCGGCCAGCAGGAUCGUGCGAAGCCCAGCAAAGCAUCGUCAAGCAGCGCCUCGAUUCCGAACAUCGAUGCGUCUGGACUAUCUCCUGCUGACCGACAGGCUCUUGCACAGCUUCGCAAGAUGGCUCUGAACACUAGCAAAAACGCAAAAGACUCACACCGGCUGAAUGUACGAAAAAGGUCCGCCACAAUAAUGGAACACGAGCACCAGUCUGCCGAUGAAGAGGAGACACAGCCGCGAAUGCGCAAGAAGAAGGCCGUGGCCGUGUUAGACUCGGAGCCUGCCGAAGACGAAGACGACAUGGAUGUCGACCACGAGGGUGAAGAGGACGAUAUUGCCGAAGACGGGGAUAGUGCGGAUGUCUCACAGGAGGCACGGAAGAGUGGAAAGUCAGGCGAAGUGCAGUCCCAAUCCAAGGCUCUGCCCAAGCCUCAGCCCAAGCCUAGGUUCAGGGCAUCUGGCAAGGGACAUCCUCAAUCACCAGGAAAAGCGGCCAAAAAGGCAACCAACCUGGAUGACGAGGAAGCCAGUGUCGCCCAGUCGCUCAGCAAAAUGGCGCCAUCGAAGGCCAAGGGCAAGGCAAGGCCAACCACUGUUCGCUCCAAUGACGAGGGCAGCGACGCCGACGCCGAUGGCCACCCACAGGCUACUACCCAAGCCGCAAAGACAGCACAGCAGGCUGUGUCGUCGUCUUCCACCAAGAACAAGUCUCGAGGAGGAGGAACGUCGUCGCAAGCCACAGCAAAGGGCACAAGGAAAAAUAUUGCCAGGGUGGUUAGCAAGGCGAAAUCGACGAUGGACUCAGGCGCAAGCGACCUCGAUAAGAGUGACGAUGAGCGCGACACCGAAUUCAGUGCCGAGGAAGUGGACGCAGACAAUGGCGAGCUUGAGGAUGAUGACAAGUACGUGGAGAAGGGAGAGGAGAGCAGCGAGAAUGGUGACGAGGAUCGUGAUGAUGCCGACGACAACGACAACGAUGUAGUGGUCUUGCGUGACGAGACGACACAAAAAGGAAAGCCCCGGCGAUCGAAGAGCACCGGCAACAAACGGGCGAAGAUAACUGACCUCCCAAUCAACCUCAGGGCGCUCGUCACCACGUCCCAGAACUGCCUACGCCUUCGCAUCGCUCUCAACACAGCGUGGACGGCAGAACACUCUAUUCAAAGCAGCCGACUUCCAAGCAGAAACCAGAUCAUCUACGACAGCGUACAUGACGCGUAUGAGAUGCGUGACAAACACGGCCGCCAUAUCAAAGCCCUCAGAUCUGGUUUUGCUAUGAUCAAGAAGCGCGAUCGGAAGGAUAAGACGCAUAAGGAUGAGAAGGAGGAGGUGGAGGAGGAGGCGAAGCGUGCGGAGCUCCAGAAGGCUGUCUAUGAUGUUGUCUGGGCGUGUGCAUCCCAGUUUUUUAACGAGCUGAAGAAGAAGGCGAAAGCUGUCGUCGAGACAUUGUACGGCCUUCAUGGUCUUUCUGCCGAGCAGAGAAGCCGAGCAGCUGCAUGGCUGCUCAAGGCGCAUCCUACCCAGGUCAACGACGGAACAGGAUCGCGAAACAUCCCUAACUUCGUUUUCAGCGACAUCAAUAUUGUCUUCAAUGACCGCAAGCAGCUGGAUGUGACACACUGGGCGUUGGGAGCGCGCGCGGAUGCGAACCUCCACGCCGCCAUGGAACAAUUCUCUCAGGUCCCAGACAACUUGAUUGCUGUGGUCUGCAACGCGAUUGAGAACACCCUGAUAGAUAUCAUGAACCACAGUCAGUCCAACUUCUUCCAGAACAAGCAGUUCGCCGCCAAGUGGGAUGGUCUCAUGGCCAUCUUAGAGACCCUGAAAGAGGAACUUCCGGAGUACUACGACGAGACGAAGCAGGUACUUUGGGGUCAUAUAUCUGGGCGACUCAACCUGAAUGUCUUCGAAGAGACCGAGCCUGACGCCAAGGGCACGAGCUUUCUCAAAUUCGAUCGCAUGCGUGCGAAGCUUGACACGAGGGUGACGUCUCCUUCUCCGUCUGUCAGUCGGGUGAUAGCUGAGAUAAUGUUUAAGGCUAAGUCUACGAAUGCGAACGCGAACACGGCAAAGCCGUCCUCAAGCAAGGGGCAGCCUCCGAGGUCUACGAAUGCGAAUGCGGACGCGGACGCAGCGAAGCCGCCCUCGAGCAAAGGGCAGCCUGCGAGCAUGACGAAGACCGCGAAGACCGCGUCAAAGUCAGCUAAUGCUAAACAUGUUGAACAAGACCCUGUCGACGAUAACUCUCAGACGGUUGGAACUUCCAGUAGCAAGCCCAGUGCUGUCCAGGAUGGCAUGGAAGACUCGGAGCGUGAGGAGGCCCAGGAGGAUGAGAUCGACGAGGAAGAGGGGCCUUGA